AUGGCUUGUUCCAUUUCUUCGCUUCGAAGCCAGAAGGACAGCGGCAGUAAAGGUCCAAGCACGAGCUCGGAUUCAAAAGUCUCCUCGACCUGUGGCAGGGACUCAGGCACGAGGUCCGCGAACUCUGACACCGUCGAGCUUCAAGACAACAAGUUCGACGCCUCACCUCCCCAAUCGCCCUUUUCUCCACGAAUGGUCGAAGAGCAUCAACGCCGACCCGAGGACGAUGAGUUGUCGAGCUGCACUCAUGGACUCCGCAAUCCACGUGCUCUCUACAUGGAAAUCCCUUCGAUGGAUGUGAAACAAAGAGGUUCUAGUGUAGACUCCAUCCGCGCUGUCUGGGGUAGUCCAAAACGCCAUUCGGAGCGUUUCCUAGAAUUCCAGUCCAGCCGCGAAAGCGAAGAAGCCCCCGAGACUCGUUCUUCCAACUGUCCCAACGCCUUUAAGCGUGACGCUACCUCAAGUCCUCGACCGGCGGUACCAGACCUACUACAGCCUAAUUCUGAUUCAGGCGCGCUGCUCCGAGAGACGAGAGAGGGCUCAGGGACUGGCCCCUGGCUGGAAGCGCAGAACUUGACAUGGGGUCGGCGUUCUGUAUGGGACGAGCUUUGA